CCGAGCGCGAGGCAAGGAGGAGCCUGCGUUUGGCAGCAGGACACAGUUUGAUUGUUCGCGCGGCGCCGCGGAGUCAGAGGAGAGAAGAAUCGGAGGAGAGAGGAGCCCGGUGCUCGGCUCUCAUCAGCUGAAUACAACCGACGGACGGGUCCAGCGCAUCAGCUCAGACUAAAGGAGAGAGUUAUACAGACCGCACUUGUGUAGCCUUGUCUUCAAUGAGUCGGGACAAGCCCUGAGCUGAUUGGCAAUAGUUCUGAGCUCUCCCCACAGAAUCGAAUUGCAUCAACAAUGUUACCAUUUUAAAAGUUCCCCGAUUUCAUUGGAUCGUUAAUUUAAACUGAUUUUCUACCACUUAAAUACUGUGGAGUGGAUUCUGGACUAUUACCGAGUUAACUUAAUCCUUUUAAAAUAUUUAUUCUGCAAAUGGACGAGCAUCUUUGGACUUAACCGCGGCGGAGCAGAAGUAUUGGCUCUUGCUGGGAGAGGCGGCGUCCUGGAGCCUUGAUUUUCGCAAGGGGAUUACUUAUCUGCAGAAAGCCUGUCCUUUAAAUCCACCAGGGCACUUCCGCCGGAGCGUUGCCGUGGUCAGACGAUAAUUUUGAUACGACGGACCUGCGUUGUGCCGUCGGUCCACUUUGCAGCUCAUCGGGAACUGCAGCUCACUGCCGAAACGACAAGAGGAAAUACUGUGGACUGACUCAAUCGCAAACUUCAGCCGGCACUGGACCACAAACAGACAGUGGCCAUGCCAUGGGCAUCUGAGAGACUGCUAACUCUGCUGGGGGUCGCCACUCAUUUACUUUAAAAUUCGACCCCCUGGGGCAGGAAAAUCAUCCAAAAAAAAAAUCUGUGUCAGAGAACGUGCCCCCCGGAGUGCUCAGUGGCGGGGGCCCGAACGUCGCCAUGGGCACGGUGCUGUCGCUGUCUCUGUCGCCCGGGUCGCGGAAGCCCAGUUACUAUGACGACCGGCCCAGCUCCCUCUGCCACUACCCCAGCCUGAGCGGCCACUCCCUGGGCGGGCCCAAGGACCACGGCGGCGGCGGCGGCGGCGGCCUCAGGCGGAACUCCAUCCUGCUCCCCGCGCUCACCUGGAAGCGGCUGGUGGCCUCCACCAAGAAGCGGGGCUGCCGCAAGGCCUUCCCGCCGGCCUUCCCGCCGGGCCUUCCCGGGGCCCCUGGGGGCCCCCUCGGCAACAACAACAACAACAUCUACCGCCAGCGGGAGGUGGCGCACCUGAACCGCCAGAACGUGAAGAAGUCGCUCUCCUGCGCCAACCUCUGCAGCUACGACGGCCCGCCGCCGGGCCCCGGGCGGCCGCCGCUCCCCGCCUCCGCCGCCGCCGCCGCCGCCGCCGCCGCCGCCACGGGCGUGGGCACCCCGCCCAAGCGCGUGAUCGUCCAGGCCUCCACCGGCGAGCUCCUGCGCUGCCUGGGCCACUUCCUGUGCGGCCGCUGCUACCGGCUCAAGCACCUGUCGCCGGCCGAGCCGGUGCUCUGGCUGCGGAGCGUGGACCGCUCCCUGCUCCUCCAGGGCUGGCAGGACCUGGCCUUCGUCACGCCCGCCAACGUGGUCUUCCUCUACAUGCUGUGCCGCGACGCGGUGGACGGCGACCUGGUGGCCAGCGAGCGGGAGCUGCAGGCCACGCUGCUCACCUGCCUCUACCUGUCCUACUCCUACAUGGGCAACGAGAUCUCGUACCCGCUCAAGCCCUUCCUGGUGGAGACGGGCAAGGAGGCCUUCUGGGACCGGUGCCUGCGCAUCAUCGACGCCACCAGCGCCAAGAUGCUGCGCAUCAACGCCGACCCGCACUUCUUCACCCAGGUGUUCGCCGAGCUCAAGGGCGAGGGGCUGUGCGGGCCGCUGGACUACAGCCGGGUCCUGGACCGGUGAGGCUCCGCCCCCCCCCAACCCCCGCCAGC